CAAUAGCUAAAGUAGUACGAUAACGAGCCUUUUAUGCCGGUAUGGUGACUGCGUAAGGUUUUGUGACGAGGGAUACGGAAGUCAUAUUUUCGCAUAUAUAUUAGGCGCUGGUACAGCGAAAGUGUUCAGGAGCUCUUUGCUACCGAAUCAGCAACCAUGACUCGUGCGUUGGUCAUCUGCAUGCUAACUGUCGCUGUGGCCUGCGUAGCUUCCGUGCUGGCGAAACCAGCCCCCGCUGGUGAGGGAGGUCAGCAGAGGCAGGAACCUCAAAAGCCACCAGGCCCACCAGGGCUACCUGGACCACAGGGGCCAGCGGGACCAGGGAGCCCACCAAUUGGACCAGGAGUGCCACAAGGACCAGUGGGGCCAGCUGGGCCAGGGGGAUCAGGGGGAUCAGGGGGAUCAGGGGGGGCACCACUGGGGCCACCGGGGCCAGUGGGACCACAAGGGCCAGCGGGACACCCAGGGCCAGCUGCACCGGGGCAGGCACCACCGAGCACACCGCAGUCGCCAAUGGGGCCCCCGGGACCAUCGGGGCCGGCGCAGAUGCCGCAAGCGCCACCGCAGACGCCGCAGCAGCAAACCCCGCAGCAGACCCCGCAGCAGACGCCGCAGCAGACGCCGCAGCAGCCUCAGCAGACGCCACAAACGGGUUUAAAAGUUCCCGCUUAAUUAAAAGCUGAAAGUUCUUGCGUUCAUCCUACAAAAUAAACAAUCAUGGAAAA